ACAAAAGCGAAGCAUAACACAGCCAUUUAUCAUCUCCCCGCGAAUGAAAAACUUGCAACUAUCUCGCGCCACUCUAUGGAAAAUAAUUAUCGCUACUAAGGUGACCCUCCUUGAAGAAUCGAAGAUCCUGAGCUCAUAAUCUGGAUCUAUUCAGGUCUCUUCCCGAAGAAAGAUGCGAUAUCAAGACAUUAUCGUUUCAAUGAUAAAAAGCCACUUGAUCUGAAGGGAAGGUAUCUGAAUCAGUCAAGAUGGCUAUCCACAUUGUUUGGUAGAGGCGGGUUUUAUUCAGAUUGGUUCCAGUUUUGAUGAGAUUAUUAAGUCUGGGAAGAAAGAAUGGACCUUGAUUUGAACCAAGAACCUUUGGAUUCUUCCAGUGGCUCUAUCUUUCGUAUAGGAUCUUUACUGAAUGAAUUAGAAACUGCGCAUGGCCAUAUUGAAGAACGAAUCAGACAGCUUGAAGCAGUCACUUCUAGAGCUAGACAACGCCAGAGAUGGAGACAAAGUGAAAAUAUCCCGCAAACAUUGAACCAUGCUGUGGAACCUACAACCAUUGCAGUUCACAAUGAUGAUACAUCAGUUAGUGAGAGAAUUAGUGUUGCAACCCAAGAAAGGACGUUAAGAGCUAGAAAAGUUGUGAGAAGGAAUAAUAUGCAUUUGGUAGCUAAGGCACUAGACAUGGCUGCAGACGCAACAAAGACUAUAAGUUGUAAAGGGGGCUUUUUUGAUUGUAACAUAUGCCUGCAUAUGGCAAGAGAUCCAAUAUUGACCCGUUGUGGUCAUCUGUUUUGUUGGCCAUGCUUCUAUCAGUUGUCAUAUGUUCACUUAAAUGUGAAGGAAUGCCCUGUGUGUAUGCAGGAGAUUACAGAUACAAACAUUAUUCCAAUUUAUGGAAGUGGGAAUCAGAAGUCCUGGUUGAAGGAGUCUGGCUUGAUGAUCCCUCCUAGGCCCCAUGCACACAGGGUUGAAAGUCUUAAGCAGGAACUCAUUAAUCACAGAGCAAUUUCUUCUGUAAUUGAUCGAAAUAUUCGGCUAUUUAGUCUGAUUGUUGCAAUGGAGGAGAAUUCUGCGUCACGGGAUGUUGAUGGUGGUACUUUCAUGGCUGAAAGAGCUGGUUUGUUGGACAAUCAAUCACUUGCUUCUCAGGUGCCACCUGCCAAUGCGACUGAGGACAACCAGCACCAUCAUCCCCUCCAACUUCCUAGAUUAUCGUUGCAAGGAGCUGCAUCAUUUUCUUCUCUUUCAUAUGCACUGACCUCUGCAAUGGAUUCUGCAGAAAGAUUAGUCGAGGACCUUCAGGCGUCUAUUCACAGCCUUCAUAUGAGAAGAAACAAUCAACCAUCUUUUAGUGUUGCUGAGAUACGAGAUAGAGAAACUCUAGAUAAUGCUACCGAUACUGAUUCUACUGUGGCCCAUCCUUCAUCUUUCAGGAGCGAUGGUGCUGCUGCUGCUGUGCAAUUAGAAAACCAGAGAACAGAUACUGUUGCAGAAAGCAAUAACAUUAUGUCCAUUUCUUCAACAUCUUCUAAUGAAAGACAUACUGUUUCAAGAAUUUUAGAAGUGGAGAAUAGAAUGGACGUCAAUCCUACCAUGCUGCAUUCUUCUUUAUCUUCCAGGCGAAGAAGUGAAUUUCCCAGAGUUUCAGAUGUAGGCAAUGGACAGUACCAUGAAUCUAGAAGGAGAAGGAUGUCUUGAUAUAGAUUUCCUUGGCUUACUGUAAUUUUUAUUUUCUGAAAAAAAUUUAGAUAUCCUUAUUUCUUUGAGUCAAUGUUUAAGCAUUAAUGAGACCAGCAUACAGGGCGCUGUGUUCUAGUUGACAGAUUUACUGGAACUAUAAGAUAGUAAAUAGUUGCAAUUUUUUUAAGUUGUUUAAUGGUAGCAUCUGAUGAAGUUGUUGCUCUUU